ACCGGGUUAAUAGCUCCUGAUUGCGCCGCGAGGGGUGCCCACACGGGACCCCUCUUCUCAAACCAACAUGGGACCAACAGCGACUCACUCUUAGCGUCCUUCAUGCGCUUCUUCAUAUGCUCUCCGCUUUCCAUCUACAACCAUGUAGUCACAGGCGUUCGCCCGUUCUGCUGCUUCCUUGCUGACUGCUGCCUCUGUCCUUUGUUGUGCAGCCGGGCUGCGUCACUCUGUAGUUAAUCCUUCUUACAUUCGUUCACCCCACUGUUCUUUUCCCUUCUCCCUUGCUUCAGCAGUCCUAGCAGGCUUGGACUGUAUAUCUUCGACCAUAAUCCCUUCGCCCAACAACAUCUUGACUGGCCCUUUUAAUUCAGAUGAAUCUUGUGGACACCCGUUGAGAGCCAGGAAGCUUGAGAGGGCUUGUCCGAACGACUCCCCAGCCACUCUCGACAACAUGCCAGCAACAGGGCUUAGAAGGAGGGUCGAUCCGGUCAAAUAUGUCGUGGUACCUAGGAAGGCAGAGGAGGCAAUGGAAGAGGAGGUGCGCGUGGAGCCGGAUGCAACGUCCAUCGUCGAACACCUCAUCCGUCGCAUCGAUGAGGAGCAACAGUCUCAAAUCUCGGCAGUUCCAUCGCUCACGGUACCAUUGAACAAACGCACCUAUUCAUCAUCUUCAUCUGUUUCCAACACUCUUUCAUCGGCAUCUGGCACAGUUACAGUACCAUCACUAAGACAAGAGGACGACGACGAUGCUGCUGUAGUUGUGACUUUCACAGCGGCACCACCCGGGCGACCACCUCCAGGAGGCCACCCGCAAGGACACAAGGGCGGCAUUUCGGAGUCGACACAGCAUCUGUUGAUUGCCGCCGGGUCAAUUGGUGCCACCAUCAUCAUCGUUAUGACCAUUCUAGGUAUCCGUGCCAUGAGAAAGCGCGGCAUCACCUUCUUAGAAGCGCUCCAGGCAGCCCGGUACCAAAUCACCCACGGGGGUCCGCCUCCACCUCCGAAGCAGCCCACGCCGACUGAGUUCUGGCCGGAUGCCAAGGAGAAACAGUCCUCUGAGUAUGGGUCUAUUCGAAGUGAAUCUGUCAAAGCUCCCCAAGCGGCUAUGGCUCGUUCAGCUUCGCACAGAUCACAGAAGCCUAUAGCACCUCUGGAUCGCAGUGACAGCUUCAACCUUGAUCGUAAAGGAUCACACGCGUCAAUCAACGAACCCAAGUCCUUUUACCUUCAAUCACCACCUCCAGCCAGGGACAAUUCGCAGCGCCGCAAAGACAGUGGUAGUCAGCCGUCAAACGCGCCAAACUCCAGCGCGAACAACACGUCUAAUCGCAACACCAGAUCCAUGUACGAUGAAGAAUCAGAGCUCGAAUACGCUGAUCCCCAACAAAACCGUGCAAUGUCGCCACUGCCUCCCCCGCCUACAUUCAAACAGUUCCUCUCGAACCGGCCAUCGGGAUCAGUGAAGCAAGGAAUCGAAAACAUGAUGAGCAGAUUCAGCUGGACCAACUCCAACGCGCCCCAAACCCCACACGAACCUUCACGCGACACCAAAACAUCCCAAGUGAACCGCGACUCCUACAUGACAUCUCGCUCGUCCGUCCCGCGCUUCCGCACCGUCGACUCAUGGGUAAACCAGCAAACCAACCGUCUUGAAGAACGAAAGCUCAAGGAGCAAUUCCGCCUCACCUCCACCACCGUAACAUCGCAGGAUUUGGAGGAGCGCGACGUCGUCCCCGAAGUCCCCGCCGUUCCCGCCAUGCCCAAGAACGUGCAAGCACUGCGAGACAGCUCCGCACAACUGAGCUCUCAACUCCCCAAUAGAAGACCCGUGACUCCUCCAGGACUCCCCGGUCGCAACGUCAAACACCAGCGUCAGGAUACCCGCACCACAGUCGACACCGCUCCCGUCUUCCGCCAACACCCCGGCGACGAAGUACGCUUCAGCACAAAGAGCGAUGUGCCCUCUGAGAUCCUCGACCGCGGCCAACGCGACGACGUCCUCAAAUAA